AGCGUUUUUCCAGGAACAUUUGCAUUCUUCUCACAUUUAAACAAGUCCUGGAACACCACAGUGGUGUUAGUACACAAUUCAAGCUGAAACGAUCACAGGACCUCAUCUCCGUACACGAAGCCGAAUAUGGUUCGGCUCAGCAGGCGAAGAAAGCACUCAUGUGCUUACCAACUGCGACUCCUCAGACAUCCUUGCUUUACUCUCAACAAAUGCCUAUGAAAAACCUAUACUCGCAGUUCCCGGCAGGUUUAUUAGACACACAGUCGAUUCAAUCCUUGGACACAUGUCCUCUGCUUCUCCAGACCGCCAGCCUUCCUUCUUUGUCACACAUCGGUCUUCCACACUCUUUGGAAUCAGCCGUGUUGCACUCAGCCUCGGAGCCGCCGAUGGAGAUGCGAAUUGAUACAAGCAAGCAUUUUCAUGUUUUUGUCGGGGAUUUGAGCAAGGACGUGAGCAAUGAGCUUUUAAAAUCAACGUUUACAAAAUUCGGAGAAGUCAGUGAAGCUAAAGUGAUUCGAGAUGUUCAGACUCAGAAAUCAAAAGGAUACGGAUUUGUGUCAUUUCCCAACAAACAAAAUGCAGAGAACGCGAUAGCCGGAAUGAACGGAAAAUGGAUUGGGAAACGAGCUGUGCGGACCAACUGGGCGGCACGAAAAAACAGCGAGGAGAAUCGCGACAAGCUGACUUUUGAACAGGUGUUCAACUCAACGAAAGCCGAUAACACGUCAGUUUAUGUUGGGAACAUAAGUCAACAGACUACAGACGCUGAUCUCCGCGAUUUAUUCUCAACAUAUGGUGAUAUAGCGGAAGUGCGUAUUUUCAAAACCCAAAGGUACGCGUUCGUCAGAUAUGAGAAAAAAGAGUGUGCCACAAAAGCAAUAAUGGAGAUGAAUGGAAAGGAGAUGGCUGGAAAUCAAGUCAGAUGUUCCUGGGGAAGAACUCAGGCAGUGCCUAAUCAAGCAUUAAAUCCUCUCCCAAUUGAUUUGUCAUCCUUGAUGAUGCCUACAAUGCUUCCAACUACAAUCCCACUAAUUCAAAAUCCCUUCUUGAACUACGAGCCAGCCACUCUUUUGUACAGUUCCUUCCCACAAUGGUGAUUAAUUUAUUAAGACUCUUUAGGAAGAAAAUGAAACGCAAAAGGAAUAAUGAGUCAGAACACGGUUACUUUUUCAAAUUUCAAAAUAUUUAAAUUUCCGCUUUUUUGUGAGUGAUUCAAUGUUUUUUUUUCUUUUUUCGAGUUUCCGGUGUUUCAUUUUCCAUCACAGUUUUCUUCCUACAAAUAGAGGUCCGAGUACAUUUUUUCUUGUUCAUUUUUAACUUUUCUUCCCGUCUGAUGUUUCCUGAGUGGUUCUUUUUACUUCUUUUCUGUCAUUUUCCUGCUAUUCAUAUUUUCACAUUUUUCACAGAAUGAUAAUCAUUUUUGUUUGUGCAAAGGGAUUUUAAUAAAUUAUUACAAUGGGAUAAUU